GAAAAAGAAACCUUUCUCCUUCAUCCCAACAGAUAAAACCACAGAAGUUCAGAUAUCUCAAGGUGCCUCCAGCACUUCCUCCAGGCACAAGAAAUCGAGAUCUGCCAAGCAGGAGGGUGCUGGGAAAUUCAGAUCCAAAGCUAUCUCUGGCAAAAGGUCUCCCAAAGCUGCUGAGAAAGAAGGCAGCAGGCAUUGGAAAAACAAUUAUCCAAAGCUGCAAGGCAAAAGAAUGAUGCAAAGGUUGGUCAGAUUACUUCUGUUCCCAUGGAAGCAUCGGUUUUUGGCCCUCAACAAGCUCCUUCAACCUCUGCUACUCCAAGUGCAUGGUCUCCAGAAGGGGAAACAGGUCAGUUCAUUUUUCCCAUGGCAAAACAGGUGGAAAUGUUUCCCCAUUCCAGUGAGGGGUUUGGCUUUCAUAUCCCUGCUCCGGGUACAGCUAGACCUCUGGGGCCAGAGACCACAUUCACUCCUACAGCGGCAGGGCUUCGCCCUCCAGAGGCUCAGGAGACAGAACUAUCAGAAUGAAUACACCUUCUGAUUUCUCAGGCUAUUGCCCAAGGUGUAGCUUAGACCCUAAACCAGAGAGCUCGACCCGAGUCGAUAGCAUCAGGGAUCCCAUCUUACAACAAUAUCGUAUCUCUCCCAGGUGGAAGCAGCCGCAUACCAAGGGCCAGUUUCCCCCUCCAAUUCCUCCAGGAGUAGAAGGUUGUUCAUAUGGGACGAUGAACAGAGAGAGCAGGGGAUGUCAGAAGAUGAAGACUUACCUCCUGAUCCCCCUCCUUUCAUAGGCCUGUUUAAUCCGGCCCUCUUUAAAUCCUUACUUCAUAAGGCCAGGAGCACUGCUCAACUUGGUCCUGAAAGUGUUCCUCAGGCUGAACCUUCCACCACCCAGGGACCUACCAGUAAGGUCUUUUCAGAACCAACGUUUACCCAACAGGACAUUCCCUGUCCUCCCAUUUUCCCCAAUGUAGUCCAAAGACAAUGGGGAAUGCCAGGUACUUUUCUAUCCCCAGGUGGGACUGAUAGAAAGUUAUUUAAUAUGGCCCCAGCACUGUCGGAGGUGCUAGCAGUCCCCACUGUAGAUGAGCCCUUAGCACCAUUGGUUCUCUCCUUCGCUGUGUCUGGAGAUAUAACAGAGGUUCUGAAGUCAGAGGAUAAGAAAGCAGAGCUUAAUUUCUGCAGGACCCACCAAGCCUCAGCAUGGGCGGUAAAGGCAGCUACAUCAACUUCCUUUUUCGCCAGAUAAAAAAAAAAGAAGAGGUAUGGAUGCACCAAGAUUUAAACAAAUUGGUGGCUGCAUCAGAAUACAUGGCUGACUCAUCAUUGCACGUGGCCAGAUUUUCCUCCCGGGCAUUAGCAUCUAAUGUUAUCUCUCGCAGGCUUUUGUGGCUCAGACAGUGGUGAGCGGAUGCUAGGUCCAAGUGGCGGUUGGCCUCAGCCCGUUACAUGGGAGGCCAGUUAUUUGGAGAGGCACUAAACCCUUAUCUGAUUGAGAACAAGGAUAAGCAUAAGGUCAUGUCCCAUUUUAUUAGGAGAGCAGACAGGAGAGCUACCCCUUACACCCAUAAGCAGUCCUUUCGCUCAACCGACACAGGGUCAGAAUUCAUCCUUUACUCCCGUCCUUAUCCUCCCAGACCAGAACGUCAAUUCGACAAAUCUGGUAACGGACAGACCCAGGCAGCAAUUACAGGCCAAACGGCCCUUUCGAGGCGCGGGAAGCUGUCCUUUCAGAAAGUCCAAGUGACACCAAAGGUGCCUCUCCCAUAAGGGGCAGGUUGGCUUUCCUUGAACACAAAUAGGAGAACACCACUACAGAUCUCUGGGUCCUCAACAUCAUCAGAUUUGGCCUAACUUUAGAGUUCAAUUCCACCACACACACACCCUGAGGCAUUUCGUCUCUUGCCCAUCAUCCAAAAAUCUGGUCAAAAGAAGCCUCAUGAAAGAGGCCAUUCGACAUCUCCUGGAGAUCCAGGCCAUAGAACUGGUACCGGCAGGGCAGAAGGGAUGGGGGUUUUAUUAUAUUCUGUUCAUCGUUCUGGAGGCCUCGGGAGAGUGGAGGGCAGUCCUAGAUUUAAAGAAAUUAAAUAUCGAUUUGGCAGACAAGAAGUUCAAGAUGCAAACGUUCCAAUCCAUAUUAGCAGGCAUCAGAAGGGGGAACCUCCUGACAUCCAUCGACCUGACAGAGGCCUACUUACACAUUCCCAUCCUUCUCGGACACCGGAAAUUCUUCAGGUUCUGCUGCGCAGGCCACCAUUUUCAAUACAGAGCUCUACCAUUCGGCCUGUCAUUGGCCCCCAGAGCAUUCAUAAAGGUCCUGGUGGCGCUAGCCGCGCAUCUCAGGACCAUUCCAGUGUGUGUCCAGUGUUAUCUGAACAUUCUCAUUCAAUCCUCCUCAGUCCAAUUGGCUCAGUCAGAACUGGCAUUGUUCAUCAAGACCCUCGACCACGGGUUUUCAAUAAAUUUUCAGAAAAACCAGAUAGUUCCCUCCACCUGCCUCCUUCACCUGGGCACGGUGAUAGAUACAAGGAAGUACGAGGUUUACCCGUCUCAGGAACGUCGGGACAGUAUCCGAUCCCUAGUCACCCAGAUUCAAAGGGAGCAAGUAGUCGCCCUAGCAAUCCUUUCUCAACUGCUAGGAAAGAUUGUUUCCUGCAUAGCAGUAGUUCCUUGGGUUCAGCUCCACUGAACCCUCCAAUGGUUCUUGCUCCCGUUCCAGAGACUAGGCACCAAUUUCUCCAACCACAAGGUAUGGGUCCCGUCACAGACCCUGAAAUCCUUCCAGUGGUGGGUCUCCCCAGCGAUGGCCAGGGGAACCUUAUUCAAGGAGCCCAACCGACUCAUCCUAACAUCGGAUGCCAGCUUGUUCGGCCGGGGAGCGCACCUGCAAUUCCAGUUGGCUCAGGGUCGGAAGCACAACAUAAACUGGUUAGAGCUCAGAGCUAUAUAUCUGGCUCUACGACACUUCCGCAACACAGUGGCAAAGCAACACGUUCUAGUCCUCACGGACAACGUGGUGGCGAAAGCCCUUAUCAACAGGCAAGGGGGUACCCACUCCAGGUCCCUCAUGGCCGAGGCUCAAUUAUUAGGAACCUGGGCAGAGACCAACCUCUCAUCCCUCAAGGCAGAGCACAUCUCGAGAAAGACAAACUGGCAAGCGGAUUUCUUGAGCAGGGCCACAGUGGGCCACUCCGAAUGGCGCCUGCACCCGGAUCUUUUCAGGGAGAUAUCAGAGAAGUUCGGUCAUCCAGUGCUGGACCUGUUCGCUACCCCAGCAAAUUCCCAGCUCCCGAGAUUCUUCUCCCGGUUCCCGUCUCCAGGGGUGGAAGGGGUAGGUGCCCUAUCUAGCCCGUGCCCCAGAGAGCUCCUGUAUGGGUUCCCUCCUCUCCUUCUGAUCCAGGCAGUUAUCCAGAAGAUACUGCAGGAAUGGGCAAAGGUGAUACUUGUUGCUACCCACUAGCCAAGACGGCUGUGGUAUGCCGACCUCGUAGGUCCCUCAACCUCUCCUCCAUGGAGGAUACCCCAAGAUCAAAUUUCCCUCAGCCAGGGGGUUCUACCUCAGUAGCUCCAGCUAACCACCUGGCGUUUGAAAGGAGACUCCUAACAAAAGAGAUCUACUUAUCAGAUGUGAUUACCAUGAUUCAGGCUUCAAGAAGGCCUGCAACUAAUAGAAUCUAUGAUUCCACAUGGAAGAAUUUCUGUAACUGGUGUGUGGGAGACAACAAUUAGAUCCAGCUACAAUUCCUAUUCCAAGAAUUUUGGAUUAUUUACUGGAAGGACUUAAGAAGGGUUUAAUACUCAACACAAUCCACAGACAAGUUGCUGCCCUGUCCACGGUGCUCACGUAUGGGAAGUCAGAGCCCUUGGCUUAACACCCCAUGGUACGUUCCUUUGUCAGGGGACCAAUCAACAGCAAACCGCCUGUGGUUCACAGAUAUCCCUCUUGGGACCUGUCCAAGGUCUUACAGGCUCUCACUUUACCUCCAUUUGAGCCCGUCAGAACCUCCACUCUAUGGUUCUUGACACUCAAGGUUUCCUUCCUAGUAGCCGUCACAUCGGCUAGGCGCAUCUCGGAAUUGGCAGCACUCUCAAUUAGAGAUGACUUAUGUAUUUUUCAUAAUGAUAGGGUGGUCCUACACUUAGACCCCUCUUUCGUCCCCAAAAUCAACUCAUUGUUUCACAGGCCACAGGAGCUUGUGCUGCCAGAUUUUUGUCCUGAGCCGUCCCAUGAUUUGGAAUGUAAAUGGCACACCUUGAAUGUUCAUAGAGCCUUGCAUUGCCAUAUUAAGCGAACUGCCUCUUUUCGCAAAUCUGAAGCCCUUUUCGUUUCAUUCCAUCCCUCUUCACUGGGUCAAAAGAUGACUGCCUCUACUAUCGGCAGAUGGAUUAGAGCUUGUAUAGCAGGGGCAUACCAGAUGCACUGCUUCCUAGUUCCAAGACGAAUCACCGCACACUCGCAGUGCAGCAACUUCAGCAGCGUGGGUGACACAGGCAUCAAUCGAAGAGAUAUGCAAAACAGCAAUUUGGUUGUCUCUUUCCCCAUUUGUGAGGCAUUAUAAGUUAGAUAAGUUCGCCUCAGCAGAUGCUUCAUUUGGUAGGAGAGUUCUCCAAAGGGUAAUAACAGGUAAUGGGACACAGGCCCGGACUUCUUCCCACCCAUAGGGACAGUGAGGCUUUGGUAUGUCCCAUCUAUGCAUUCUCCAUUCGUCAUGCUGGAGAAGGGGCAUUGUUUUACAUGAAUGCCUUUUCUUAGCAUGACGAUGGAGAAUCUACUCCCCCCCCCAGGGACCAUCCGGUCCUGUGUCAGGGGAAUUUGAGCCACCACCACCUUGAAAUACCAUCAACUGCUGCGCCUUCAUCGUGACUGGGGAUUCCUAGC